GCAGUGUGAGCCGUCGAUCUUUCUUUCCACUCAUAUAAAAAUCCCUCUUUAGGGCUGAUAUUUUCUCGCACGCUGCCUCAGUCGAAUCGGUCGAGUAGAUAAUCCACUCGAUCGGCUCUCCAAUUUCCCCGUUUUCUGUCCAAAUUCGAAGGAAAAAUGAGAGAAAUCCUUCACGUUCAGGGAGGCCAAUGUGGCAACCAGAUUGGCUCAAAGUUUUGGGAGGUUGUCUGUGAUGAGCAUGGCAUAGAUCCAACUGGACGUUAUGUUGGCACAUCAGAUUUGCAAUUGGAGCGUGUCAAUGUCUACUACAAUGAGGCAUCAUGUGGCAGAUUUGUGCCUCGUGCAGUGCUCAUGGAUCUGGAGCCUGGAACCAUGGACAGUGUCCGCACUGGUCCAUAUGGUCAGAUCUUCAGGCCCGAUAAUUUUGUUUUUGGCCAGUCUGGUGCUGGAAACAACUGGGCCAAAGGGCACUAUACUGAAGGUGCUGAGCUGAUUGACUCAGUUCUUGAUGUUGUUAGGAAGGAGGCUGAGAAUUGUGACUGCCUUCAAGGUUUCCAGGUGUGCCACUCUCUUGGUGGAGGAACUGGUUCUGGGAUGGGCACCUUGCUGAUCUCAAAGAUCAGAGAAGAAUACCCUGAUAGGAUGAUGUUGACCUUUUCUGUGUUCCCAUCACCUAAGGUUUCCGAUACAGUGGUUGAGCCUUAUAACGCCACACUUUCAGUGCAUCAGCUUGUUGAGAAUGCUGAUGAAUGCAUGGUGCUUGACAAUGAAGCUCUGUAUGAUAUUUGUUUCAGGACGCUCAAACUUACCACUCCUAGCUUUGGUGAUCUAAACCACUUAAUUUCUGCAACUAUGAGUGGAGUUACCUGCUGCCUUCGAUUCCCUGGUCAACUUAACUCAGACCUGCGAAAGCUUGCUGUUAACCUCAUCCCGUUCCCCCGUUUGCACUUUUUCAUGGUGGGGUUUGCUCCUCUCACAUCUCGUGGUUCCCAGCAGUACCGUGCUUUGACUGUUCCAGAGCUUACCCAACAAAUGUGGGAUGCCAAGAACAUGAUGUGUGCUGCUGAUCCACGCCAUGGACGGUACCUCACUGCCUCAGCCAUGUUCAGGGGCAAAAUGAGCACCAAGGAAGUAGAUGAACAGAUGAUCAAUGUUCAAAACAAGAACUCUUCUUACUUUGUAGAGUGGAUCCCCAACAAUGUGAAAUCAAGUGUUUGCGACAUCCCACCAAGAGGUCUGUCGAUGGCAUCAACCUUCAUUGGGAACUCGACUUCCAUCCAGGAAAUGUUCAGGAGAGUGAGUGAGCAGUUCACUGCUAUGUUUAGGAGGAAGGCUUUCUUACACUGGUAUACAGGUGAAGGUAUGGACGAGAUGGAGUUCACAGAGGCUGAGAGCAAUAUGAACGAUCUUGUAUCUGAGUACCAGCAGUACCAGGAUGCAACUGCUGAUGAUGAAGGUGAGUACGAGGAGGAAGAGGAAGACAUGGAGCACAUGUAAGAUGAAUAGUCAUUUGCAGCUGUCCGCCGCCCCCUUUAUCUGAUGUUUUUCCUAUGUAAUUGAAAAUUCUGAUAUUAUGUAUUGGAUUGGUUGUAUUUCUGCGACGACUACGAGAGGUUAAAAAACUAUCAACUAGUUUCCAGGGGGGAAGAGUUAAUGUUGUAUGUUUGGUUGUAAGAGAUAUGGUUCUUAUAAUUUUGUGGUCUUGUUUGUGUUUACGCCAUCCCAUCAUGUAUUUCACUACACACCAUCGACGUAUUACGAGAGAAAGCUGUGAGGUGGUGAAGAGGGUUUAGGUGUAUGAGUGAGUAGGCCAUGUGGUCUUCAUUGUAAUGAGAUGGGGGUGGGGGCAAAUCAUUCUCUAUAUCAUAUGCCAUUAAUUGCCAA